AAUCAAAUUUUGAUCGAACAAUCUGUUUCAUCUUCGUUCGAUUUGGUCGUCAUCCUCCACCAAGUCCUGGAAAACGUAAGAACCCUAAUCUUUCUCGAGUAAGUAAAAUCGAAGACGAUGUCAGGGAGGGAAGUCAAAGAAUACACAAAUCUCUCCGAUCCCAAAGGUGCUUUCGAUAUAUCUCAAUUGAAUAUGGUUUAUCAUUGUAAGGCUUUCUCUCGAUUGAGCUGCAGAUAAGAAAUCAGGGAAAGGGGGUAAGGUAGAUGAUGAAGACGUCACCUUUCAACGUAUGGUUGCAAAGGGAUAACAUGUCCCCGCCUACAUUUUUCUUGUUAUUUGCAUUUAGAUGCAAGACGUUGCUGGUGAGCGUGGAGGCUAUCUUCAUGGACGUGGCGCUUUGGACAGCGACGACUUACUUUAUCUAAAAGAGCAGAUGGAAGCAGAGGAUGAUGCAGAACGCCUUCUUAGACGAACUGAGAAACGUGCUUUUGCUGCCUUCAAAAAAUCUGCAACCCAAGCAGAUUCAUCUCCAGCAGCCAUUUCCUUGCCACUUCGUGUUGAGCCUAAACCAAAGAGUGGUAUCAGGCAGCAAGAUUUACUGAAAAAGGUCGUAGAGGUUAAACCAAAACGGCCCAAAAUCUCAACACCGUCAACUCCCAGCGUAUCACCUCCCAUUAGAAGCGACAGAGGCUCAACAGAUGCACAGGUUCAUAGAGAUAACACAGUGUUGAAGAAGCAGGACAGACCAAAGGAGCAACCUGGAGCUGACCCAAACGAAGGAAAAGGAACGGAAAGCAAGGGGCAAGGUAAUGCUUCUUCGAAAGGCUUGUUGGGUUUAGCGUAUGAUAGUUCAGAUGAAGAAGACUGAGAGGAGUUAUGAAGGUUCUAUCUCCCUUUUAGUUUUCUAGCCUUUUGUUUUGUUGUUAUGUCGAGAACUCACUAGGUUUUGUAGCUUUAGGAUUCAAAACAGCUUGCACCUGUUGUAAUUGUUGAAACCAAACUGGUUUGUUGGAGUUUGAAACAGAGAAUAGAGUGAAUAUGAUUUACAAAACCAUACGGUUUCUAUGUUA